GUUGUCAGUCAAACCUACGCACAGCUCAGCGAUUGGCUAAAUCGCGAAGUGGCAUGUUUAGGGUAUUUUAAAAUCUUCAAAUCUUCAUGCCAAACGUCAUAUCGCCUUUGCUGCUGAUAAGGGCCUUACGAAGCAGAGUCUCAACCUAAGGACUUUGUUUCCCUAACAAUGGGCAGCAAUAAAGCAAACGACAGAAAGGAGCGGAGUAGUCUCCAAAAAACAUGGAUCUUUUAUUUGUGUGCAAUGCGUACAGUGCUGGCACGCCUUGAAAAUGGAAUGGAAUACUUUGCCCUCCGUGUAACAAAGCAUCCAAAAAGAAUCUUGUUGAUCUCAGCUUUGGUUAUAGGCUUAAGUUGUCUAGGGCUCAUAAGAUUCCGCUCAGAAACAAGAACUCGUGAACUUCUUGUGCCCCAAAACUCAGUUUCAGAGUCUGCACUAAAUGAAGGAAAGCCCUUUUUCCGAAACAUCUUCAACGCAAGAGCUGAAGAGAUACUAUUCACCCCAAAGAACGGCCAAAAUAUUCUCUCUAAAAACUGUUUGCCGGAAAUUGUUUCUGUUCUUAAGGAAAUUGCUUCAUUACCAGGAUACAAAAGACUUUGCUACCCAGUACCAAAGUUUCUGAAGAAAGAGCAAAAUGCUUCAAUCAGCAAUUCAGUUUGCCGACAAGUGAACAUUCUAGAAAUUUUCGCAAAUGGUACCAGCAACGAUACUCGUAUUUAUGAAACUUUAAAAAAAGCGAUUUCGAAUCCUAGUUUGCUAAUGUCAAAUGGACGGAGUACAGCAGUCAAUGUACAAGAAGCUCUUGCUGGCUUCAACUUAAAUACUUCAGCAAAAACUGUCACUGCGAAAGCUAUUCAAACUGUGAUGUACAUGAAACAGGAGACUGAAACAAAGGAAAUCAUGGAAUGGGAAAAGUCGUUUCUUUCUUCAUUGAAGCUGGCAAGAGGAUCAUUAAAAAACGUAAGCGUUUUUUUCUCUGCCGAAAGAAGUAUGGAUGAUGCUAUUGGAGACAGUUCCUCGCAUGAUAUUGGCCUAAUAAGUGUAACGUUCACCAUCAUGUCAACAUUUUCUUGCCUAGUUUUAUCUAAAUUUGUCAAUCCGGUACAAGGACACAAUUUGCUGGCUUUCUUCGGAGUAGUAUCAACUGCUUUAGGUAUUCUAUGUGGCAUUGGGCUGACAAUGCUAUUUGGCAUACCAUUCAUUCGACUAGUUGGUAUCGUGCCCUUUCUAGUUGUAAGUGUUGGAAUAGAUGACAUGUUUAUCAUCGUGGAUGAAUUUGAUAGGCAGUCUCCAAAAUUUGCUCCAAGAAGGCGGGUGUCUAAUGCUAUUGCCAAAGUCGGGGCAACAAUCACUAUGACAACAAUAACUGAUGUCAUUGCCUUCUUUAUUGGGACAUCAAGUGCAUUUCUUGACAUCAAAUAUUUCUGCAUAUAUACUGCAAUGUGCAUCAGUGUCGAAUUCCUGUUCCAAGUAACUGUUUUUGUUGUGUUUCUGUUUCUUGAUGCUAAACGAAUCGACAUGAAAAGAAGUGCUUGUCUGCCAGUUCUGAAUGCUCCUGAUAAAAAUUGUAUUAACAUGAAAAGCAAUGCACCAUUUUCAGCGAGAAUACUGAAGGCUUACGGAAACAGUCUCUUGAAAUGGCCGGUAAAAUGUUUCGUUAUUCUUCUCACAAUAGCAAUGGUGGCAAUGGGCAUUUUUGGGUGCAUAAACGUAGAUACUCGUUUCAAUAGAAGGACAUUGGCCAUGCCAAAUUCAGAGUUUUCCAAUUAUGUAAAGGUGCUUGAAAGCAAUUUUCCUUUAACCAUUCCUGUAAACAUUCAGGUGACGAGCAAGGUUAACUAUUCAGACCCUCGUGUAAGAAAGGAAAUUGCAAAUUCUGUGCGGAUCGCCUACGAAACUGGUUACUAUCUCAAUCGUAAUCUUUCUUGGGUUCAUGCAUUCGAAGCAUACUGCAACAAAUAUGCAAUAAAGGCCGAUGGCAAAGGUUUCAAAAGUGCUAUGCAGAAGUUUCUGUCGAUUCCUCAAUAUAAGCAGUUCAAAGCAGACGUCAGAUUUGAUGCAAAGGGAGACAUUGCAGCUAGCAGGGUCGUGGUUUACUACAAAGAUACAAGUAAUUCUAACGAUCAAAAAGAUGCCAUGCUGAAAAUUCGCCGUGACCUUAGUAAGCAAAGCAAACUCAAGUUUUCUGUCAUAGGAGAUCCGUUUGUCUACUUCGAGCAGUAUGCGGUCAUCGUGGAGGAAGUAAUCAGGAAUUUGAUAUGUGUAUCGGCUGUUAUCGCUGUUGUGCUUAUACCAUUUUGCAUUCAUCCAUUGAUCAUAUUUUUCAUCCUUAUUGGCUUUGCAUCCCUGAUUGUGGAACUAUUUGGCUUAAUGUAUUUGUGGGAUGUACAAUUAAACACAAUAACAAUGAUAACUUUAGUGAUGUCUCUUGGUUUCACAGUUGACUACAGUGCUCACAUUGCACACGCCUUUGUCAUAUCUAGAGAACAUACGGUAAACGGGAAGAUAAAAGAGGCACUCACUACAAUUGGUGGUAGCGUGUUCCUGGGCGCAGUUAGCACUUUUCUUGGAAUAACACUAAUGGGCUUCGCAAAGUCUCCAAUCUUUCAGAUUUUCUUCAAGAUGUUUGUUGGUAUAAUCUUUCUUGGAUUGUACAAUGGAAUGGUUUUGCUGCCUGUGUUAUUGUCAACAUUCAAAACCUUCAUUGAUUUUCAAAUUGGAAAUGAAUUUUCUGCCGAAGAUUUUCCUUUUCCAUGGAAGAAAAUUUUGAGAAGAAACUCAAAAGGCAGUCCUAAAGAAAAGCGAAUGAAUCGAAAUCGUCUUGUAACGAUUCUAGGGCUAUCAGCGCGAGUGCCAUCAGCUAAAACGCUAGAAGAAUUUUGGGAAUUACUCAGAAAAGGCAAAUGUACGAUUACUGAAUACCCAGAAGGAAGAUAUGGUAGGAAAAAACAUUUCUUGGAAUCGUUCAACCCAAUGCGAUCGGUUCCUGGAAAGAUCUACGUUACAAGAGGCUCAUAUCUAGAAGAUGUUAGCAAAUUUGAUUACACGUUCUUUGGGAUAUCUGCUUCCGAGGCCAAGGUAAUGGAUCCACAGCAGAGGCUGCUUCUACAAGGAACUUAUGAAGCAAUAGAGGAUGCUGGUAUGACGAUCGAAGAGUUGCAGCAAUGCACCACCGGUGUUUAUGUUGGCAUCAUGAACCAAGAAUACAGUUCAGUGGCAUUUGGACCUGAUUCUCUCCCCAACCUUGAUCAGUUUGCAGCCACAGGAAACGCCUUUUCAAUAACUGCAAACAGAAUAUCGUUUUCAUUCAAUCUUUCUGGACCAAGCAUAGCAGUAGAUACGGCUUGCUCAUCUUCUUUAACAGCUCUGAAUAUUGCUUGUGACCAUAUUCAAAAAGGAGCAGUUGAUGUAGCCAUUGUUGCUGCAGCCAAUGUGAUACUUGACCCAGUCAAACAGGCACCUAUAUGUAGAGCAGGAAUGCUGGCCUCUGAUGGUCAAAGCAAAGUUUUCGAUGAAAGAGCAGACGGUUACGGAAGAGGUGAGGCUGCACUGGUUUUCAUCCUUAAAGGCAGCGAUUUUGUCAACUCAUCCGACCAGCCUUACAGCGAAAUAAUAGCUUGGGGUAUGAACAACGAUGGACAAACUGCAGCCCCUAUCACCGCACCCAGCAUUGAAGGACAAGUGCGUCUAAUGAGAAAUGUGUUACGAGAAGCCAAUGUUAGCCCGUCUGAUGUACAGUAUAUUGAAAUGCAUGGAACUGGCACUAUAAUCGGUGACUCUGUUGAGGUGAACUCUGUUGGUGAAGUGUAUGGAAGAAUGCGGAUUUCGGACAACCCUGUAAUUGUAGGAAGUGUUAAGUCGAAUAUCAAUCACACGGAAUCAGCUGCUGGCUUGGCUGGAUUAGCCAAAGUUUGCUUGAUGAUGAAGCAUGGAGAGUUGGUGCCUACAGUUGGAAUUGAAAAAAAAGCAACUCGCCUUGGGCUGGAAAGCUCCGGGCUUCAUGUUCAGACGGAAAAUAGCGGGUGGCCGGCGCUUGCCUCUAAUCAACCAAAGAUUGCAACUGUCAGUUCAUUUGGCUUUGGGGGCAGCAACGCUCAUAUCAUCUUAAGACAACAGCAGUCAACAUGCCCUAUUGAGAAUCACGGUGCACCAUCGCACUCACAUCCACAGGUACUCGUAUUGUCAGCAAGGUCGAAACAAGCACUACAGUCAAUGGCAGAAAAGUUCAGUAUUUGGCUAGGUGGCAUGGACAAUACUGCCGAAAAUAGAAAUGACCUUUGUUACACAAUGAGUGAACGACGAACAGGGCACAGUGUACGCUUAGCUGUUGACCUUAGCUCUCUACGAGAAGCUUCAAGGAUAUUAGAGGACUUCAGCAAAAGUCCGGACAAAAGCCGAGUCGAAAUUUGCAGUGAUAGGACAAACAAGUUUUGCUUGAAUACUGCGUUUGUUUUCGGAGGACAAGGUUCUCAGUGGCUUUCAAUGGCUGGCGAUCUUUGCAAACGAAAAGAAAUUCUCAACACCAUCAAACAUGUUGAUAAGAAAGCCAGAAAAUACGGCAACAAAAGCUCGUUGUUAGCAUAUCUGGAAAGAAAGGAGCAAGGCGAGGCAGAUGUCGAAGAUGACAUGGUCACAGUCCAAUUGUCUAUUUUUGCAUUACAGUAUGCAACCGCUCAAUUUCUAAUUGAAAAGGCAUGCAUUGUACCAACAUUUGUAGUUGGCCACAGUCUUGGAGACAUUACAGCUGCUUGUGUAGCAAAGAUAAUCACUCUAAAAAGUGCAAUUAAAGUAAUUAUGACAAGGGGAUCACUUCAAAAGAUGUGUCACUCGGAAGGUGCAAUGACUGCAAUUGGAAUGAGCAAGAAAGAUGUGUCAGCGGUAAUUGACAGACUGAAAAUAUCAGAGAACCUUUGUAUUGCUGCCGAAAACACAGCGAAAAGUGUGACUGUCUCAGGUGAUAAAGAUGCCUUAGAAAUAUUGGAGAAUCACCUUAAGGAGCAAAAGAGCGACAUUUUCGUGAGGCGAUUAGCAACCGACAAAGCUUUUCAUAGUCACCACAUGGAGUCAGUGAAGUGGAAGUUCAUGAAAACGAUAAAUGAAAAGCAGGUCAUAGCAAAACCAGCAGAGAUGAGAUUUUUCUCUACAACGGAAGGCAAAGAGAUGAAUGGGAGUGAACUGGAUGACUGUUAUUGGUGGAAGAACUUAAGACAUACUGUUUUGUUUUCCCAAUGCAUCGAGAGAAUGAUGAAAAUUGGAGUUCGCAACUUUAUCGAGAUCAGUCCUCGCCCUGUCCUCUCUAAUUAUAUAACUGAAAUUGGAAAGCAAAACGAAGCAAAAGAUCUUACAGUCAUUCAGGCACUGCCUGCAAGAAAGGUUUCACAGAGGCUCAUGCAUUUGCAAAUCCAGUGUAUAGGCCGAAUGUUUACUCUUGGUUACCCUGUGAAUUUAAGGCAAGUGAACAAUCAUAACAAAGGAAAGUUUGUCAGAUAUCCAACAUACCCUUGGCAGGAAACUGAGCUGUGGGCAAAUGACAAUUUCCAGGGUGGCAGUAAGACAUUUCCGUUAUUGGGUAACCCAAUCGCAGUGAACUCUGAUGAACUUAAAUGGAGCACUGAUAUAGAUGUUCACAGCUUCAGCUACUUAAAAGAUCAUCAGCUACAUUCUUUAGGCCCAAUAUUGCCUGGAGCAUGCUUCAUUGAAUUAGCUUUGGAAGCAUUUUUGAUGGGAAAGAAUGUUGUGCCAACAACUCUUAGAAACAUCACUUUCCAGAAGACUCUUCCCAUAGAUGAUCGCUCGGUUCGUAAGCUAGAGUGCAAGAAGCGCAAUUCAGAAGAUGGAGAAACAGAAGAUUUUGAAAUCCUCCAGAAAACCGAACACGGGGAGAUUCUAUUGUCUACAGCAAAUCUUGAGUCAAAGAAGAACGGUUGCAAAGAAUCACCAGCAUGCUUAGCAGAUGCGGUUUCAAGCAAACAAACCUCACCAAGAGAUAUCAUUUCUUUGCCCGAUGUGAAAAUUCUGCCAAAAAAUGGUCUUUACCCUACUAUUGAUCAGAAGGAACAUCCCAAAGAGGAUUUUCAAAUCGAAGAAGAUGCACAGCUUUUGGAUCUUGCUGGGUUACACCAACAUGAAGAUAAGCUCAAAACAUCUGAAUAUAAAUCUUUUGCUGCAAGAACUGGCUUUGAUUUCGGUGAAAGAUUCUCUUUAAUGGAAUGCAUUUGGAUCAAAAACCGCAAAGCACUGGUCAGACUUAAUCUUUCUGACGAACUUCGAAGUGAAUUAAAUGACUACAUCAUUCAUCCAUGCAUCCUUGAUGCCUGCUUGCAAACGAGGCUUGUUGUUGAAACCCCGGCUAGAGACAAAGCACCGAGAAUUAUUCCGACAGGAAUCGAAGAGCUGAAACUGAAUGCAUUGCCUGAUGACAUAAAAUACCUUUACUGCCUCUGUGAGCUGAUAGCAGAAGACUCAAAUCUGUGUGUUGUCAAACUAAUGGAUGAAAAAAUGAAUGUGAUCAUUAAAAUCACAGGGCUUCAGGUUAAGGAGUAUUCCGUUUCUGAGAGAGAUCCAAAAAUGGAAGGCAGUGUUUAUGACAUCAAUUUGGAACGUCAAAGCAUUCAAAAUAGCAGUAAAGCAAGAGUAGAUGAGCAGUUCUUUGUUGUAAUUGCUGAGAGAAAAGCGCCUUACGUUGAAACUGUUCUUGAAGCGUUUCAAGAAAUGAAUGUGCAAAGAACGAAUUUCAUCAUAGCAGAAAUUGAUGAAAGCGAUGAUAUUGGAAACUUCAUUGAAGAGACCAUUGGUGCUGUAAGCCAGCAAAAAAGGCAAUUGAUCGUAUUGAAUUUUCUGUCAUUCUUGACAUACCGUAUACCUCUGGAAUCAGAAAAUGGAGCAAUUCAAGAAAUGCUUUGCUUCGAAGCAAAUUUGAAAUUGCUUCAGUUUUUCAAUCGUAACAAAAUGAGCAACUGCAAAAUAUUAGCAUUCAAUUGCCGAAAUGAAGACGGUUCUGGGACAAGAAAGGGAAUCAUUACACCUUGGUCUGGAUUUUCUUGGGGAAUGGCUCGCACAACGAAUAUAGAGAGCAAAACACCCCUCGUUUGUGUUGAGUUGAAAGAAGAUUUCAAAAAAAAUGCAGUUAUUAAGAGCAUUUUAUAUUCAGAUAUGCCGUCGGCUGGAGAAGGAAUGGUUUUAAGAAAUGGCGAAAUUCUGCAGCCAUGUCUUGUGAAAUAUGAUUCAAAGAAUUCGCAAAUUGAGACGAAAAAGUGCACUGAUGAGAAUUAUUACCUAUCCUGGUCAAAUUCCGACGAAAAGUUCUUUGGAAAAGAAAUCCUUUCCGAACCUAAAGUUAUUCCUGAUGAAAACGUUGAGGUCACAAUGCUGUAUGUAUCAUCUGAGAAUGGAAGGUGUGAAGAGCUUUUAGAAAACAUAAAAUCGUAUAAUUCACAGCCUUUACUGCAGAUGUUUGCUGGGGUUGUUAGAAGAGUUGGGAAAGGGGUUACUGAUUUCAAUGUGGGUGACGAAGUUUUUGGGGUUCAGAGAACCAAGUGGAUAAAAAGCGUUGUUGAAUUGCCAAUGGAAUUAGUUAUGCUGAAACCAAAAUAUUUGACAUUGGAACAAGCUACUAUUGUACCAGCAAUUGUUUACUUGGCAAGUUAUAUAACAUCAAGAAUUUUGAAAGCCAGAGGAAGUAUCCGAUCAAUGCUGUUGGUUGAAAGUGGACUCGACGAGGCAGUCGUUAAAUCCAUUGCAGAUGAAGUUGUUAGAAAAGGCAUUCGUGUUUUUAUAUCUCAAGAAAACCAAGAAAUAACGUGCAACGUUAAGGAAUUCACAAACUUUAAUCAAACUGAAGCAGGCCAUGAUUGCAACAGAGAGCAGUUUGAUGUUAUUUUGUGCUCUUCUGAUUUUUCGUGGGAUGAGCAUGAUGGUAUUUUUGAUAAUCUGGUAGAAGAUGGAAUCUUUGCUGUUUUAAAUUCAAAGCAAAUACGGGCUAAAGAGACCUAUAGCCACACAAAAUCAAUGCAUUUGAUCAAACUGCAGCCGUUUGGCGGCGAUAAAAGCCCAAAAGAUAUUAUGUCUACAGUGAGGCAAAUUUUAUGCAUUGAUUUAAAAAACGCCGUAGAGUGCCAAGGUAUUACAACCCUCAAAUUUGAUGGAGUUUCAAAUUCGAUCUCCAACGGCAUGAAGAAGGCUAAAAAGCCCUACAGCUGCCUGGCUCUUAUGAAAUACGCUGAAUGUCUAGAAAUACGACAACCCUCGAUUGAUUUUCAGGGUUUAAAAGAGGAAUGCUCGUAUCUUGUAGUUGGAGGAACCAAAGGAAUAGGCUUAUAUACAGUUGCAUGGAUGGCAUCGAGAGGAGCAGGCUGUAUUCUAACACUGAGCAGAUCGGAUGCACCAGCUGAUACCAAGUCGAAAUUCAAACAACUCGAGGACAAAUACAGGGUACGAAUUGUGCAUUUGAUGUUAGACAUCAGUGACAACGACUCGAUAGAGCGCCUGGAUGCCCAACUGGACAGGUUUCCACCGGUCGCUGGUGUUGUCAACAGUGCUGGUGUCUUGGAUGACAGACCGUUCCAGGAUAUAGAUGUUAGCAGCUACAAGAGAGUCAUGUCUCCAAAAGUAACUGGAACUUUGGUGCUUCAUAGUUUGCUGGAGAAGCGAAUGGAGAACGUAGACUUCUUCGUGCUUUACUCCUCCAUAACAUCAAUAAUAGGAAACAGUGGACAAACUUCCUAUUCAGCAGCAAAUGGAUUCCUAAACAGCUUUGCUGAUUAUCGUGCUGAAGUUCUAAAAAAACCUUGCCUUGCCGUUUGCUGGGGAGCAAUGGGUGGGGCAGGCAUGCUGCAGGAUAAUGCUAAACUUGCAACCUUGCUAGAAGAAACUGGUCUUCACCUUCUAGACAUAAAUACAGGACUGAAAUGGUUGGAGCGAGUUCUUGUGGAAACACCAACGAAGUCCACCGUUUGCAUAUGUGACGUUGACUGGGCCAAAUACUUAAAGACAAUGCAAAGAGGCAAUAUGACAAUGUUUAAGCACAUCCAGGAAGAUCUACCAGAAGAGAUUAAUGACAGUGGGGUUGCAUUGCUAGAACUGAUAAAACAGGAAGCAUCAGUAGAAAGGCAAUCCGAGAUUGUUACAAAAUUCAUAACUGGGUGGCUUGCUAAGUGGAUUGGUGGAAGUGAAGAAGAGGUCGAUUGUAAUGUUCCCUUUUUUACAUAUGGUAUUGAUUCGGUUGGGGCUGCAAUUUUCAAGGCACAAAUUUUUCAGCAUUUCAAUGUGGAUUUGGAGGUAUUUUACUUCAUGCUCCCUGAGACAACGACUAUUAGUCUAACGAAAGAACUUGUGAAAAGAAUAAAUGAAUCUGUUCUAGCAGAAACUGACGCCGAACAGGUUAACGAACCAGGAAAUGCAUCAUUCAGAAAGAGGCGGGAGAGCUCGCGUCGAUUCUUCAACUCGUUCCGUCGAAUUGCUCCUGCUGUUGAAAUGGACAAUAAUCUUGUUCUACCCGAAGAUUAUCUCAACUGCUUUUAUGAUCCCCCCGAUGCCAAAGCAAAAAUCUUCAUUGUUCAUCCGUCUCACCGUUAUGCUGGAAUAUUUCGUGGCAUGGCUGCUGGCAUGAAAUACCAGGAGCUGUUUAGUUUGUAUGUAUUCGGUUCACCUGAUCCGAGCUAUAUUGGUGAGGACAUCCAGUCAGUUCGACGACUUGCAAUAGCCUGCACAAUAAAGAUACUUGAGGAGCAGCCUCAAGGACCUUAUUUCUUAGGAGGCUACUCGUUUGGUGGUCUUGUUGCAAUAGAAAUAGCAUCAAUUCUACAGGAGAUGGGGAAAAAGAUUGCCAUGAUUACUAUGAUAGAUUCAUUACGCUGGUUACCAGAGGCUAAAAGCAACUGCCAGCUCUUAAUGGAAGGGUUUAGCGCUAAGCUUAUUAACAAGAACAUUCUCCACGAGGAGCUCAAAGGGUUCUUUUCCAAAAUUGCUACCACACAACUGCAGAUGACUCAAGCAGAGUUUGGUGAGCUUGUUCAAAGAAUGCCGAUUGAGGAUGUUGCAAACCAUUUGAAUGAAAGAGCUAUGAAUUUGUCACGGGAAGUUCCAAAGCUAGAUAAAAUUCUCCAGGGUACCAUUGACGACCAAGAGAUGUCAAAACGUUGUCAUCAUGAAUGGAUCCCAAGAGAGAAUCUCUACAACGAACACGUCCUCUUCGUGCAAGCUGAAACCUGCCUAUGCAAUCCUGUUGGUGAUCGUGGAGGUGACAUCAAAUGUUUUUGUCAAAUAGGCGUUGGUUCCGCCCCAGACUGUUGGUCAUCAGUUCUAGAAAAACAAAUCAGUGUUGUCAAAUGUCCUGGAAAUCACUACACCAUGAUGGAUCAGAGCCACGCCCCUAAUGUUGGCAAAGCCUUGGCUUGCUUCGCAUCGCUACGAUACAGGCAGCUCUUUCCAAUGGUUGGCCGAAUUGCAUUGAAUUCAAACCAUACAUCAACUGUAACUUUGUUCAAAAACCGCGGGCUGAGAGCAAUUGUAUCAAGAAAGAAGUUAUUCAAAGAAAUAGAACGUGCCGGAACAGUGAGACUCAGUGCAUCAGGGAAUAAGUUAAAGUUUGACAUUGACUCCAAUAUGUUUAGGACCUUUGAUCUUUAUCUGAAUGAUAUCGUCAAUGUGACAAGCGAAGAUUUUGCCAUUUCCAAUGGAACGCAGAAGCAUAGCAAGUUCGAUAGGAUAUAUGCUGGACUUCGUUUGCAAAAGAAAGACAACUCUACUGUAAGAGUCAUGUGCCAAAGCAAGCAAGACUUUAGAUUGUUAGUUUUUCUGAUGGAAGCCUUGUUUAUGAUAAAACUUCCUUUUUAAGAACAUUUGCUGGUAGUUGCUGGCUAUGCUUAGUUCAUCGUCACUUUGUUUAACAUUGUUGUCAUAUAUCAUAGUUAUUAUUAUCUUAACCGUUUUUAAUCGCAUUUCAUUCUUUUUUACAGUAAAUUAAGUUAACUUGCUUGCAAAAAGUAAGGCUUAACGAGCUGGUUCUCAAACAUUUGCCUUUCAUGUCAUAGCCUACUUCCUCACAUAUUUUUUAUAUUAGUGAAGCUACUUUCAUGUGAAUUUACAAAGAGAUUUAAUCGACCAAAUUAAGUUGUCUCUAUAAGUUGGCUAUUUUCCAAAAGUUGAAUAUAGCCAAAAAAUACUGUAAAAUACUCCUCACGUAGGUACCCUUUAACCUUUAGGGAUGAUAGUAAGAUUAGCCUCGGAAAGACACGAAGCAUCCUAGACUGAACCUCAAGAUAAACAGAUCAUGGGUUGGAAAAAUGUUAAAAAUUUUGGAAGAAACUUGCGGUCCAAAUCUUGCGAGUCUAUUCUAAAUCUAAUCUUUUUUAAACAUUUCUGAAUUUUCAACUUCCCGAAUCAACCAAAGCAGAAAGAAAUAGAAUAAGAGAAACAGAAAACACCAUGGAGGCAGUCUUAAAAAUGAAAUUACGAAUAAUGAGCAUUCGUAUAAUAAAGGAUAUGAGUUUAAUAACAAAGAAUUUUGGUAGUUCAAGUCCCUGCAUCUUGAUAUUGCGGUUACCCUGAAAUCUUUAUGAUUCUGAAAAGGGAUCCUAUACAAUCCUUUCACAGCGUAUGGAUCCCUUUUAUUAUCAUUUCUAUCUAUUAGAUGGCAGAAGAAUACCAUUCAGUCUUGAUAAGUUAUCAAUAUGAAGUCUCUUCUUAGAAAAGUUUUAAAAUUCGUUGCUUGUUAACAGAUUAUCAUGCUUGUAUGCAUAUAGUUUUUUACGAUUUUAGUUGUACAGAAAUAUUAUGGAGCUUUUAAGGCAAAUAUUUUUGUAAUGCAGAAAUUGCUGUGAAACUUUGUGCUUUAUUGAUUGAUAGAUAUUUAAAAUGAAAUAGAAGGUGGUUUA